AUGGAUGAAGUUCCCCUGCCGGUCUCGCAAGCGAGUUCGCAUCUUGCUUUGGAGCCCGUGGUGGCCGCAGCAGUUUUGAAUAGAGAAAGAGAGCGACGGGUCUCCAACCAGAAGCUCGGAGCAUGCCGAAGCGGGUGUGACGACAUAGAUGACUAUGUCCUCAUGGGGGGAUUAGAGCGCGGGUCGGUUGUCGGCUUGAGUUCCGAACGGGAAGAUGAGUUUGGUCUGGUGGUGAAGGCUGACUGUUUGAUAUUGUUGGUGGUCCAGCUUGCGGUGCAGAUCAUAGCCCACUCGCUCUCCCAGGGCGUGGUCAAACGGGUGCUUGUCAUCACUCCCAAACCGGCCACCACGAUUCUUCCAGUUCUGCGAGACGGAAUCAAGGCAGAACUGGCUGCAACGGAGUCAGAAUGGAAGAAGACCAGCCCUGCUAACAGAGCUGCCAAAGUCAGAGACGCCCUUGACAAGGUGAUGCUCUCCUGCGUGUUCGAUAUGGACGGGCUGUGGGAGGUGUUGGCCGAUCUAGACCGCCCCGACCCAACUCCCGUUCAAAAAGUAGAGGAGAUCCAGGACAGCGAGGACGAGGAGGACGAUGAACUGGAAGGAGAGGGCGGAGCGGACGCCUCAUCCGCCGCUCCGGCGACAGAGAAGACGGCGCCGGACAUGAUCAUCAUCACGCACUUCUCCUCCCUCCUCUCCGCCCUCUUCUCCCACCGCUCCUCCACAGCCGCCCACGCCAAGCUCCAGCUCCUGGCCUCGCACGUGCGCCACCUCUCGCGCUCACUGCCCUCCAACCCCCUCAUCCUCAUACUCAACUCCACAAACACGGCUGUCGAUACCUCCUCCUCCUCCGCCGCGGCACCGGGGCCGACCGCCCCUCCCCCCCCUUCAACGGCGUCGUACCCGUCGGAACGGCAGCGGAAGCAGCUCGACCCGACCCUCCGCUCCAUCUUCCACAACCCGCAGCCGUCCGCCAGCUACGGCGAGGGGAUGACCGCUGGCGCUGCUGCCCGCCGCUACACCGUGACCAAGCCGGCGUUUGGGCUCGUGUUUGCCCAGCUCCUCGACCUGCACCUGCUCUGUACGCGGGUGCCGCGCUCCAGGAAGGACUCGGAGCUGCUGGCUGGCGUGCGCACAGCCGCCGCGGCCGCGGCACCGAGGGAUCGGGAGACGGUGGAGUUUGUCACUGUGGUGGAGGUGCUGCUCGAUGAGAUGGGGGUCUGGAAGGGGACGACGGAUGGUGGGGAGGACGAUGAUACGAGGAAAUGGGCAUGGAAGAGCCGGGAGCAGAGAUGGGGACCGGUCGUGAUUGAGAGCGGGCGUGUUGUAGAGGCGUUUUCUGGAGCGGCGUCAACUAAGACUACGAAUAUUGAACCG